CGUUUCGUCACUAAGUGGGAUAGGGGAGCGGUAUAUGAAAACAGUACGGAAGAAAGCAGAACGGGAAUUAUUUCCUUAAAGCGUGAAAGAGACAGACUGAUCACAAGCGAGCUUGGCACAAGCGUAUUGUGUUUUGUUUACAAACAAAACACAGUAGACUUCCAAGAUGGCUGAAGAGUGGUUUUAGCAAGUUGGCCCACCUUAGGACAUACUUCUACGCGCCUUGGUUUUGAUCACCUUCGCUCAUCAACACAAUUAUUACUACUUUACACCAUGAACGCCAAAACAAAAACGUUACAAAGUGGAAAACCAUCCAAAACCGUUCGUAAUGUACUAGUACAGCCAUUCAAAACUAAAUGGCCUCUAGUAACCGGAAAUGAGAGAGAAAAGGUAGAGAAUCUGUUGAAUAAAAUAUCGCAAGAGCAUCUCGCAAUCGGCUCAAAUGCUGCAUGUGGUAUACUACACAAUGGACAGGCAUGUGCACUUUUCCUGACCUCUGAUUUUUACCCUCAAAUUCUUGGAAAGCAAAUAAUCCGAAUGGCACGGCGUAACUCUUCUUCCGUCAAAAUACUGGCCAUCGAGAAUCUUAGUUGGAAUGGCAUCCAAGAGAAGCUGAUUGCAGUUCGAAAAAGUGCGAGCAAGGAUCCUACAAUAUGUAAUCUUUUGGAACUGACGGAACAUAUAUGUAUGCUGAGUGGAUUCGACGAUGAUUCCAGUGAUGUUUUAAAAACUUCAAAAGCAAAAUCGUCAACUAAGCUGAAGUUUGCACAAAAUGAAGGUGGAGAGACUAUAGAUAAAUUCUAUUUGGAGAGGGUGGAUUCGAAGCAGCGAGAGUUUGUCCCUAAUAUAUCAACAUUGCUAUCGAAGACGACUAAAAUUUCCACCAAUCCAGAAUGGGGUGAACACAUAUCAUUCAAGCCGAAACCGAUGGAAAUUGAGCUGGACCAUCAACUGAAGCAAAAGCCUGUUUUUCCUAAAAUCAAGAAGAGUAGUGUAACUUAUGCUCCUUUAAUUGUUAAUCGAGUUCGAGGAAAUCCGAACCGAAAGAAACAAAUAAAGAGUAGUUAUUAUUUUGAUUUUUUUUAA